AGUUCCAAUUGAAUUCGAAUCAUCAUCAUCGACAACAAAACAGCCAACAACAACAUCAACUGUUUCAUUGAAUAAUGAUAAUUUGGAUGAACAAACCACCACGCCAACAACAAUGAUAAUGGAUAUAUUACCAGCGACAGUAACAGAACAACAACAGCCAGAAUCAUUACCAAAUGAACAGAUAAUUAUCGAUACAAUUGUUACCGAUAAUAACAAUCAAGUAGAUCAAUCAUCAUCAUCAUCAUCGAUAAAAGAUUUAGCUGUUGAACAAUUAUCGAAUACAAUUGAAAUACCACCGGCAAUCAUGUUGGAUUAUGGUGAAACAUUAACAUUUACAGGUGAAUAUAUGGAAAGUGAUGAUGGACAAAUAAUUGCAACAUUUCAAAAUGAAAAUGGUGAAAAAACAGAAGUAAUUGUACAACGAACAAAUGUUCCAAUUGAAAAUACGGCUAAUGAAUUAUUGAUUCAAUCUAAUGAUCAACAGCAACAAUUAGAAACAAUAAAUACAUUAAAUGUUGUUUUAGAUCAACAACAACAACAAUCAUCAACAACAGCAAUAACCGAACAAUUACCUUUGAAUAAUCAUAGCGAAACAAUCGUUGUUAUUGAUCAGAAUCCAAUUGAUAAUAUUGCAAAACAACAACCGAUUGAUUUUCAGCAGGCAUCAAUUUCAUUAGUAGCAGUUCCUACUUCUGAAAUCAAAUCAAUCGUUGAACAAGAAGAAGAAACGAAAAAAUCCCAAGAAAAUCAUGAACGUGAAAUGAAAAAAGAUUCGAAUCAAAAUGAACAACAAAUUACUAUUUCAACAGCAAAAGUACCGACAACAACAACAACAGCCGAAUUAGUUUCGAAAAUUAGUGAAGAUAAAUCCGCCGAUUUGUUCGGUAAAUUAAAAUCAACAACAACAACAAUCGAAAACAAUGGAAAACAAGAUCUCAAAAAUAUUAUCAAUAAUCAGAAUAAUAAUAAAAUUGCAGCAUUUCAAUUAUCAUCAUCAUCACAAUCGAUCAAUCCAAUAAAAUCGUCAACAAUCAAUUCAAAAUCA